AGUAAUAUCAGGUCAAGGUCAUCUUUUCGCUAUAUUUCCUCUGUUUAAAUUACAAAUAUCUGAAAACGCUUAUUAUAUUGAUGUUUAUGUAAAGAAUAAAUUAUCCACAGGAAUUAUUUCCAGUUUCCUUUUACAUCGAAAUAGUAAAGGAUACUUUUUAUUUGAAAAACUUAUAUUAUUUUAAAGAAACAAGUAUUGACUUGCCCGGUAUCUCUGGAGGAUUAUUUUUCUUCGAAAAAACACAAAUUACUUGAAAUAUUGUCAUGAAUAGCGUGGAAAAAUUAUUUAGUAAACCUUUGAAAGUUCGUCUAAAAACAUACGACGGUAUCGAUAAGUGUUUACCUAUUCAAAUCGAGGUGGAAAAUAAUCAAAUAACCACACCUCUUCACAAAAAAGAAAUUGUUGUUAGAUUAACUGAUGACAGCAAUUUAUAUUUUCUAUAUAAUUUAUCUUUGGGAGAAGAAGAUUUUCAAGUAUUGAAAUCUCAGCAAGGGCUUUUAAUAGAUUUUAUGGCAUUUCCAAAAAAAUUCAUAGGCUUACUGGGAAUGUGCAGAGAGGAAGAAUCGAAAGAGAUUCCAAAAUUUAUAUUAGAAUUACACACAACCUCGUCCACUGCAACUCUCUGUGUUACUGAAACGAAUGAAUUUAAGCAUUUAACGCAUUUAUCAUUAAAAUUUCUACCUGCUACUGAGACUCAGUUGAAUAAGCAUUUGGCAAGUCUUGUUCAAGAUCUGAGAGAAAAAUAUUCAACGGAUAAAGAACGCUUGGAUGUAACUGUGGCCAGAUUGGAAAAGGAAUUAACUUCAACAAAUCAGAGCUUACAGUUAAAAUCAAGAGAAUUUGAAGACUUACGUGCCGAAUGGAGUAUGAAAAGUGCAGACUUAACGGCGAAGAAAGCCGAGGAAAUAAGUUUAGAACGUGAAAAGGCUUUACAAACACAGGUUAGCGUGCAGCAGCGCUUUGAUAGGGAAAAAAAGGAAUUGGAGCAAGCUCAUAUGAAUAUUGUAAAGGAAUUUGAAAUCAAAAUAAGAAAUUUACAAGCAGCUGUUCAAGAACAAAGUGAGAAGCGUUUCGACGCUGAAAAUGCGAAUAAAGAAUUAAGAAUUAAGUAUAAUGCUCUAGAAUCAUCAGAAAAGCAACUAAGCAAUGAGCUCUCGCAACUCAGACUCAAUCAUUCCUCUCUAUCAUCCGUUAAAUGUGAAACUGAGAAGACUAUUAGAGAUUUACAAACCAGAAUUUCCUCUCUUGAGGAUGAAUUAAAAGAUAAAAUAGCGACUGUAAAUAAAUUAAAUGAUGCUGUUGAAGCAAAGGAAACUCAAAACAAAAAAGUCGAGGAUGAUUUGGAUUUGAAAACUCAAAAAAAUUCCAAGUUGGAGAGUAGCGUUAAAACAUUAUCAAGCGAAAUGAUUAAAGCUAAUGAAAUUAUUAAGAAACUACAAAAUGAGGUGAAAAGCUAUCAUUCUAAGCUGAAACUCAGGACUCAGGUGUCUAGCGAGCAAGAAAAGCUACUAUCUGAAAAAGGUCGUCAAUUAGAUGAAGUCCGUAAAGAAGAGGAAAAUUUGAAAGUUCGUUUAGAAAAGAGAGAGAUGGAUAUAAAGAAGUUGAAAGAUUCUAUGGAAAAUUUGGAGGAAAAGUUAUCAAAGAGUACUGAGCAGAAUAAAACUAAUGAGAACGUUAUUCAAUGGCUAAAUAAACAAAUAACGGAUAUGCAGCUAGGAAAAUCUGCAAUUUCUACAAUAGGUACAUUGGAUUAUUCGUCAUCAACAAAAAAUAGUGUUGGAUAUCGUCAAACUCCUAUUUUACAUAAACCUCAAACUACUGUCUCUUUUGCACCAAUUAGCACAGCACCACCUUUACCUACGUCUUCCUAUUUACAAAACCCGUAUCCUCUUCAAAGCAAAACAGAAAAUUUUCAUAAUACUGUCUCAAGUCACCAACGAGCUAACGUUCCAAGACCAGUAUCAAAUAAUGGAUUAGAUAGUAAAUAUCUACAAAAAACGAAUGAAGCUGAAACUAAAAUAUCCAGUAGUGCAAGAGCACCAUUAGCUUCUGCCUAUUUUCCAAGUAAAUAG